CACAACACUGAACACAGUUCUCAAAAAAAAAAAAAAGACACUGAACACUGUCCCUCUCCUCUCUUGAGUCCCGACCGAAGCCACCGGAUAGCUUUACGCGUCGUUCCAAUCCAUGGCGCCCCCGCCGCGGCGAGACCCGAACUACAGCAUCAGGCGGAAGGACGAGGAGCAGUGGGUCGCGGUGAGUCUCCGCCCGGCCAAUUUCCUCCCGGGCGUGGCAAUAGGGUUCCUCCUGGGCAUCAUCCUAGACCUGUCCUCCUCCUGGAGAUCCAGGUUCAGCUUCGCGUCGGCUCCGGCGUCACGAGCCAACAAGCGGACGGGCGGUUCGGUCGCCCCAGGCGAAGAACUUAAGAUGGUUUUAGUCGUGCGUCAGGACCUGAAGAUGGGUGCUGGAAAAAUAGCAUCUCAAUGUGCACAUGCAGCAACUGGCUUGUACGCGGAUCUGUUGGCAAGCAACCGGGUUCUUUUGAGACAAUGGGAGCAAUUCGGACAAGCUAAGAUUGUUCUGGCUUGCAAGAAUCAACAGGAAAUGAACAGGAUAAAGGAAACUGCAGAACACCGAGGUAUCCCAACUUUUGUUGUUGCAGAUGCAGGGCGUACUCAGGUACUGGCAGGAUCUAAGACAGUUCUUGCAGUAGGACCAGGGAGGAAAGCCGACAUAGAUACAGUUACUGGGAAAUUGCGUUUACUAUUCUCCCUUAGAGAUACCAACCUUGUCCUUCGGGAGUUUGAGAAAUGUGGUGUAAUAUUGAGACAUCACUCUGGUCCACGAGACGGUAAUUGGAUCCACAUAUUAUACCAGCAUUCUUACGAUGCCCAGAAAGCCCUUCAAAAGAACGGUAUCCAACUAACCAGUGGUGUCAUAAUUGGAGUUAAGCAUAUUGAUCCAAUGCACCGGCAGCAGCUGGAUGAUAGGCUCACUGGUAUCAAUCAAGGAGGCUUCAUGAUUUCCUUGCCUUCAAAAUCACUUGUCCUGAAGAGCACAGGUGUAUCAGACCAGUUAGGUGCCUUGCCACGUCCAUAUGAUCCGAAGUCUAACGCAAAUGUUAUCAGAGAUGCAGGACGUCGCGCAACAGGUAGCGUUGCCGCACCAGCAAAAUCAAUUGUAACAAAUGUGAUGGAUAUGAUAUUUGGUAUCUAGUUUGCCAGCUUGGGAGACCUUAUUAUGAUAUUAUAUACAUUCAGCCUGUGGCGUUUCCUCUGUCAGUGUCUCUGCUAGUGAGCGAGAAUGUCAUAGUGCGAGAGGUCCGGGAGCACGUUUGGGAGAACUGGAAGAGUGGGCUUCUUUUUUCUGUUGAUGUAACAUUUAUAAUGUGCCAUUUUUCACGUUUAUAUUAUGAUCUGCUAAGAUGUGAGCGGUUGUUCUUGUAUGCCGGUGAAUGCUAACAAGAGCUGUACUGCUGUACUACAGCUCCAACAUUAAGAGAAGAUUUCAACAUGUAUUUAUUGUGAUCGCUGCAA